UCGAAUUAAAGCUUCUCUCUCUCUCUCUCUUUCUCGCUCUGCAUAAUAAAACCCUCUCACUGAAUCCCCCAUUCCAAUUUUUACAGCGAUUUGGAGCUCCUCGAUUCCCCCCUACUUCUCCUCACAGGGCCCUUUAAUCAUUUCUGCUCCUUAUGGCAUCCGCCACUUUUCUCGAUGAUAUGAGAGCUAGCCCGGAGGUUGUUGAGCCAUGUAAAAAUGAAGAGAUAAUGGAUGUCAGCGAACAUGUCAGUGACCAUAUCCAGCAUUCACCGAAGCCAAAUGUAUCUGUUGCUAGCAGCGUCCGCGAACUUUUAGAUUGUCCUGUCUGCCUGAAUGCUAUGUAUCCCCCCAUUCAUCAGUGUUCGAACGGCCACACAUUAUGCUCGGGGUGCAAGCCACGAGUUCACAACCGUUGCCCGACUUGUAGGCAUGAGCUUGGCAACAUUAGAUGCCUUGCGUUAGAGAAAGUGGCGGCCUCUCUCGAACUCCCCUGCAAAUACCAGAGUUUUGGGUGUAUGGGUAUAUAUCCUUACUACUGCAAACUGAAGCACGAAUCGCAGUGUCAGUAUCGACCCUACAACUGCCCGUAUGCUGGAUCGGAAUGCACUGUCGUCGGCGACAUUCCGUAUUUAGUGACGCACUUAAAGGAUGAUCAUAAGGUCGACAUGCACAACGGGAGCACCUUUAACCAUCGAUAUGUCAAAGCGAACCCUCAUGAGGUCGAGAAUGCAACAUGGAUGCUAACGGUUUUCAGCUGUUUCGGCCAAUAUUUUUGCCUCCACUUCGAGGCGUUCCAGCUGGGGAUGGCGCCGGUGUACAUCGCAUUCCUCCGGUUCAUGGGGGACGACGUCGAGGCCAAGAACUACAGCUACAGCCUCGAGGUCGGGGGCAACGGCCGGAAGCUGAUCUGGCAGGGGGUUCCCCGCAGCAUCCGCGACAGCCACCGCAAGGUCCGCGACAGCUUCGACGGCCUCAUCAUCCAGCGGAACAUGGCCUUGUUCUUCUCGGGCGGCGACCGGAAGGAGCUGAAGCUGCGGGUCACCGGGAGGAUCUGGAAGGAGCAAUGAGCGAGCCAACUGCUGCUUCUGCGCGAAGCGCUUUUUCGAAACUUUUAACUGUCAGACUUGAUCAGCAGCUGUAUUCUCUGAAAGUACGAAAAUCUGGGGGUGCUGACUGCGAUGUAUAAACCGAACGGCAAUCUCUCUUUGCUUGAUCUCUUAUGAUUGGUUAUCUAA